UUUGUGUCUGUCUUCUGUCUUUCUGUGAUGUGAUCUGUCUGUCUGCCUGUCUCUUUUUUCAAAGCGCGUUUUGUUUUAAAUUUAAUGCUAUUUAUUAAAUUAGUUGAAAAAAUUGUGCAUUAAAAACAAAUACUGUGUUCUUUUGGGCCUUUAAAAGAAGCUCUCAGUAUAAUAUCAUUUCGAAAUACAAAGGAGGUUUUUGCCUCAUUUAUAGGUUAUGUGAGCACUGUCCAUAUUUUAGUUGAAAGUCCCAUUGAAGAUGACUGAGGGAGAAUCUAAUAACAAUUCUCGGGUAGUGGCGAUAUCACGGCCAUUCGUGAAGCGGAAAGUGGAAUGUGCAGGUACCGCAUUCUUAAGAUAUUAUAGUAUAAAAUGCCACGGGGAAGAUGCUUUAUUUAGUACUUCUGACUCGCAAGAGAAAGCAGAGGAGGUAACUUUUGAGGAUGAUGUCGACUAUUUACGGAGUUUAGACCCCAAGGACUGGAAGAAUCAGGACCAUUAUGCCGUGCUAGGUAUCAAAAAUCUACGUAACAAGGCAUCCGACGACGACAUCAAGCGCGCUUACCGCCAAAAGGUUUUGAAACACCAUCCUGACAAACGGAAGGCGCAGGGCGAGGAAGUGCGUAGUGACGACGACUACUUCACUUGUAUCACUAAGGCGUACGAAAUCCUCGGCACUCCAGUCAAACGUAGGUCAUAUGAUUCUGUAGAUCCCUUGGUAGACGAUUCCAUUCCUUCUAAUUAUGAUAUCAAAAAAGAAGGUUUUUACAAAGCUUUUGGUAAAUAUUUUGAAAUCAACUCUCGGUGGUCAGAGAAGCGGAAUGUGCCUUUAUUAGGUGAUGAGAAUAGUUCUAGAGAGCAAGUUGAAAAGUUUUAUGCAUUUUGGUACGAGUUUGAUUCGUGGCGUGAGUUCUCUUACUUGGAUGAGGAGGAGAAGGAGAGGGGAGCAGACCGGGAGGAGCGCCGAUGGAUAGAAAAGCAGAACAAGGCAGCUCGGGCGAAACUAAAAAAAGAAGAGAUGGCUAGGAUCCGCAGCCUGGUCGACUUAGCGUAUGCUAAUGAUCCCAGGAUUCAGCGCUUUAAACAGGAGGAUAAGGACAAGAAAUUGGCUGCUAAGAGGGCUCGACAAGAUGCUGUCCAAGCCAAGAAGGCUGAAGAAGAGCGCCUGAUCAAAGAAGCGCAGGCCGCCAAGCUCCGCGCGGAGGAGGCGGAGCGCGCGCGCGUGGAGGCCGCGCGGGCGGAGCGCGACCUCGUCAAGAAGCUGCUGCGCCGCGAGCGCAAGGCGCUGCGCGACCUCUGCAAAUCCAACAACUACUACUCCAACACUGAAGACGAGCUGGUCUCGCACAUGGCUGCCGUCGAAAAGAUCUGCGAAGUGAUGAAAGUCCUCGAACUUCAGGACCUCAUGAAAGAUUUAGAAACCAAUGGUAGGGCGGCCUUCGUCAAAACCGUACAGGAGACAGAGGAAAAGCUAGAAGAGGAGAGGAAAGCGUUGUUCGAAACGAAGAAAGCAGACGAACAAAAAACUAAAAAAGACGCUGCUUUACGAACUCCUAUAGAAUGGACGCCGGAAAUGAUGCAGCUGUUGAUCAAGGCUGUCAAUCUAUUCCCUGCCGGCACCAGUCAGAGGUGGGAAGUCGUGGCGAACUUCCUAAACCAACACAGCACAUUUGCCGAUGACAAACGGUUUACCGCAAAAGAUGUUUUAAAUAAAGCCAAAGAUUUACAAAGCUCAGAUUUCUCAAAGAGCACCCUAAAGAAAGCGGCCAAUGAAGAAGCAUUUGACCAGUUUGAGAAGGAGAAGAAGAAAGUAGCUAAUCAUGUAGAUGACAACAGUAUAUCUAAGAGUGACAGUGGAGGGAAAUUAGUCAACGGUACAGCUAAGCCGAAAGAAGAAGUGAAACCUGAGGUUGCUAAAGAAGAAAAGGCUUGGACUAAGACAGAACAGGAGUUAUUGGAGCAGGCUAUUAAAACGUUCCCCGUUAGUACGCCAGAGAGGUGGGAUAAGAUAGCAGAAUGUAUACCUAAUCGUACGAAAAAAGACUGUAUGAAGAGAUACAAGGAGCUAGUGGAAUUAGUUAAAGCAAAAAAACAAGCGGCAAACCUUGCCAAAUAGCAUUCAUUGACGGCAAUCUAGUUGUAUAAUAAAUUAAAGAUAUAGGGAGAUGUGGUGAUGAAUAUGUAAACAAUGAUUUUCUGGUCUCACGUUAAUGAAGUAUGUAUAAAAACUAUCAAUAAAAGAUAGUUCUAAUCUAAAGUCUA